ACUUUUUUUUUCCUUGAACACUCGACUUCCGGUUUCCGGUCCUGGUCCGUAACUGCCAUUCGCGGCAGGGGAGCGCCAAACUCAAAAUAACUCAUAUCAACAAAUAAAACGGAUUUGCAUCCAACUCGAGAGAAUAUAUCGGAUUUUACACCAAGCGCUCUGGAAUAUGAAACAAAUAUGUCGGAGAAACUUUUCAAUAAAGUGUUAGAAGUACACAUCAAAUGUAAAGACUGCGAAGACCGACGUAGCACCAUACGGAUCAUCGUUGAGCUUCAGCUGACUACAAAUCCGGUGCACAAGAGAGAUUUGGUAGUGCGAUUGACAGAUGAUGCCGACCCCUACUUUCUCUACAACCUUACCAUUUCUGAGGAGGACUUUCAAAGUUUGAAAGUUCAGCAGGGCCUGUUGGUGGACUUCUCGGCCUUUCCUCAGAAAUUUAUCGAUUUGUUAAACCUGUGUAUAUCUGAACAAGACAAAGACAGUCCAAGGUUUCUUCUCCAGUUGUCCUCUUCAUCCCAGCUGCUGGAGCACAGCCACGCGAGCCUGAACAUUGUGGAAACCAACGCAUUCAAACACCUCACACACCUGUCUCUGAAACUCCUGCAUGGGACGGAUAUCGAUAUCAAAAAGUACCUGGCCAGCUGCCUCUCCCAGCUGAAGGAGGAGAAGCAGCAGCUGGAACAGAAACUGAAGAGGACAGAGGAGGACCUGACCAGGCAGCUCAGCUAUACACAGCAGACGCUGUCGGAGAAGAGCCGGGAGCUGGACAAACUGCGGGCGGAGUGGACAUCCAACACCACCACUCUGUCGAGCCGGUACACCCAGGACCUCACGGCCGAGCGGGAGAAGGCGCUGGAGACCCAAACGAAACUCCAGCAGCAGAGCGAGCAUCUGCGCAGGGAGCUGGAGGCCACGCACCUCCAAAGCGCGCAGCACCUGCAGAGCCGGCUGAACGAGUUGGAAGUUUCCACCCGAGACCUGACGGAGAAGAAGUACAAGGCCGACUCGACCAUCCGUGACAUGAAAGCCAAGCUGGCAGGACUGGAGGAGGAGUGCCAACGGGCGAAGCAGCAGGCCAUGUCACUGCGGCGGGAGAAUGGCUCGCUGGACCAGGAGUGCCACGAGAAGGAGCGGCAGGUCAACCAGCUGCAGAUGCGAGUGGCCGUCCUGGAGCAGGAGAUCAAGGACAAGGAGCAGCUGGUGCUGCGCACCAAAGAGGUGCUGGAGGCCACGCAGCAACAGAAGACAUCUGUGGAAGGGAACGUCGAGAACAAGCAGCUUCACAUCGGAAAACUGGAGGCCACCGUGAAGUCGUUAUCCGAGGAGCUGAUCAAGGCGAACGGCAUCAUCAAGAAGCUGCAGGCGGAGGCGAGGGCGCUGGUGGGGAAGAUCAAGGUGAAGAACACAGUGACCGUGUCCCAGGAGAAGGUGCUGCAGGAAACCAAGGAGAGGCUCCACAGGGAGCAGAAGGAGCUGGAGGAGACGAGGCAGCAGCUGAGGCACAGAGACGAGGAGGUAUCAAAACUGAAAGAACAACUGGAAGCUACUGCUCAGAAACUGGAUGAAAGCAGAGAGGUGUUAAAGACCAACGAGAAUGUCAUCAAUUGGCUGAACAAGCAGUUGAACGAGAACCAGUUGGCCCGGAAGCCGGAGCCUUCGGGGGCCUUCCAGACCCCGGCGCCCCAGUCGCUGGCUGUGGGUGGCAGAAUGACCGCCUCUUCUCAUAUGAUGCUGGACAGUCGUGCGUUUGCCCCAGGCUACCCCAUCACCUCCACGCUGAAUUCCAAGCAUGCCUUCCCCCUGUCAUCCUCUGUGAGCUCAGGCAGCCGGCCCACCUUCGCACUGUACAACGAGGGCACUGGCCCCAAGGUGCAGUUCAAACCCAUUGGCUCCAAAGCAGGCCUGUCUUCUGUGGAUGUGAGGCAUGGGAGCCCCACGGCACAUCAGGGUCCCGCCUCCAACAAGGAGAACAGGGAGCCCCCAGGACUGGACUCCAAGUACUUUGAGAGGCGAGAUGACAGCAUUCCCUUGCACGGCCUCCUUCCCAACACCAACAGCAGAGAAGCCCCCAGGCCACCUUUGACCAGCGGCCCCCCCGCCCCCAAGUCCGGACUGCACUCUGCCCCCUCGGCAUAUUUUCCAAGCUGAUGGUGGCUGACGGAUUUACCCUCGAGGCCCCAGCCGCGCCUUCAGUGCCGAGACGAUCUGGGCCGUUGACGUACGCCGGUGUAUGCAUGUGGUGCUUUUAAAUGAAAUAUUUUGCCGUUAAUGAAACUUUGGUUUGUAUGCAAAUGUGGAAAUGGGUGAAUUAUGUUUCACUUCUCCUUGGUGAUCAGUGUGUGCCGUCGGCACCAUUCAGUCUCAUUGUAUUUUGCAUUCAUGCACAAAGACCCCGGCAGUCUGUCCUGUGCUUGUUGCUUAUGUACCCCAUGAUGUACAUUUUUUCCAAUGCUUGCACAGUGUUCUGCCAUUUUGAAACACUAUAGGCUGUGUGUAUAUGUGAUCACAGUAGACAGCAGUGCCACUGAGCAGGUGCUGUACAGUCACCCUUUCCAUCCCCCGCAGGAGAGAUUAAUCGUUCACUGGCCACCUUAGCCUGUUGUCUUGAUUAUGACCAGAGAAUGGCUGACCUGUGGUCUUGCUGUAGUCUACCACAGUCGUUCCUCUACCUUACUGUAAAUGUAAAAAUUGUAUAUACAGGACUAAGGUGGUGUGCAUAUGUAUAUUUUUUCAUUAAAAUUCUUUUAAACACUUUGCAACAGAA